GCGGCGGAGAUGGGCGAGACCAUGUCUAAGAAACUGAAGCUGCAUCUGGGAGGGGAGGCAGAAAUGGAGGAGCGGGCGUUCGCCAACCCCUUCCCGGACUACGAGGCCGCCGCCUCCGCGGUGCUUGCCCCCGGAGCGACCGAGGAGACGGGUUGUGCUCGCCACCAGCCCACUGCGGACGAGCUCGGUCUUCCCUUUCACAACGACGGAAAGAUCGUUCAUGAUUUCGCAAGGCGGAUCCAAACCAAAAUCAAAGACCUUCUGCAGCAGAUGGAAGAAGGGCUGAAGACUGCGGACCCUCAUGACUGUUCUGCCUACACUGGCUGGACAGGCAUAGCCCUUUUGUACCUGCAGUUAUACCGGGUCACAUGUGACCAGACCUACCUGCUCCGGUCUCUGGAUUAUGUAAAGAGGACCCUUCGGAAUCUGAAUGGCCGCAGGGUGACCUUCCUCUGUGGAGAUGCUGGGCCCCUUGCUGUAGGAGCUGUGAUAUAUCAUAAACUCAAAAGUAAUUUCGAGUCCCAGGAAUGUAUUACAAAACUUUUGCAGCUACAGAAGGCCGUCAUCUGCCCAGAGUCAGACCUCCCUGAUGAGCUGCUGUACGGGCGGGCAGGGUACCUGUACGCCUUGCUCUACCUGAACACGGAGAUCGGGCCAGGAACCGUGUGCGAGUCAGCUAUUAAAGAGGUAGUCGAUGCUAUCAUUGAAUCAGGUAAGACUUUAUCAAGAGAAGAGAGGAAGGCUGAGCGCUGCCCCCUGCUGUACCAGUGGCACAGGAAGCAGUAUGUUGGAGCAGCCCACGGCAUGGCUGGGAUCUACUACACGCUCCUGCAGCCAGCAGCAAAAGUGGACCACGAAACCUUGACAGAAAUGGUGAAACCUAGUAUUGAUUACGUGCGCCACAAGAAAUUCCGAUCUGGGAAUUUUCCAUCGUCAUUAAGCAAUGAAACUGACCGUCUGGUCCACUGGUGCCACGGUGCCCCAGGCGUCAUCCACAUGCUCAUGCAGGCCUAUAAGGUGUUUAAGGAGGAGAAAUACCUGAAAGAGGCCAUGGAGUGCAGCGAUGUGAUUUGGCAGCGUGGCUUGCUGCGCAAGGGCUACGGGGUCUGCCACGGCACCGCGGGCAACGGCUACUCCUUCCUGUCCCUUUAUCACCUUACACAGGACAAGAAGUACCUCUACCGAGCCUGCAAGUUCGCAGAGUGGUGUCUAGACUAUGGAGCACAUGGAUGCCGCAUUCCAGACAGACCCUAUUCCCUCUUUGAAGGCAUGGCUGGCGCUAUUCACUUCCUCUCUGACGUCCUGGAACCACAGGCAUCCCGGUUUCCAGCAUUCGAACUUGGCUGUUCCGAGAGGGAUUCUGAGGUGCGAAAAAACAACUAAAAACCCGUUGGACCAAAAGCCCAGUGGUCUGCCCAGUGUCUGACACAGGAACAGCUACAAACACUGGAGGAGAGAAAUAAAAGACCCCUCCACAGGCCCCUCUUAUUACAGAGACGGGAGUUAGAGCAUCGUCCCAUCAUCACUUUGUGACAGUAUCCCUCACCCCUGUAAAAGGCCACUUUGUGCAGUCCAGGUUCUCUGUGGUGUUUGCAUGUUUCUCUGUGUGUGCUGUCUUGAUGUCGCAGCUGCCAGGAGGGAGAGCCCUGUAUGAACGGGAGCCCUGAGCUGACCAGGCAUGGAUGUGUAACAGCAUGGCCACCUUCUUAGUAGUGUGUAAAGGGGAUGUCCCAUACUGGCCUGGUGAGGACACACUAUCAGUGUUUUCUGUGGGCGCCUUUCAGACGAACAUGAGGGAGAAACUUCCGAGGCUGAGGUGAGACAGCAGAUCCGAGGGUGUGUGGGGUGGGGUGGAGAGGCCACAGCUGUGUGCUUCCUUUUCUGGUUUUGUGUGAGGAAGGGGGGCAUUGCAGCUCCAUUGUGGUCCCCGUCCUCAGAGAGUUUCAGGUACUUUGUGUAAAGUGUGAAGGCUUGUUGCAGCCCCAGGCCACUCCUGCCUUGGGGAAUAGGCGCCAAGCGGGGUACUCAGGGAAGACUUAUGAUGACCACAUUUUGAGUAGCAGUGACUGAGCUGGCAGUUCUAGAGCCUUUACCCAGGUGUGUGUUAUUAAAACAGACUCCGCCUCAAUUUUAUCAGGUUUGUAAGUAUUGUAGGAACAGUGGGGACAGUCCUAUGUGCUCACUGUUCUUACAGUAACACUUUUGGUAAGUAUCCAAGUACAAUUUGGGAUAAAUACAUUUCAUAUUUUUUGGCCUACUUUUGGGUGAUAAAAUCAAAAUACUAGUCUGCAUUUUUAGAUAUGGGAAACAUAAUCUAAGCAAGAAAAUUAGGGUAUUAUUUAACAUUUUUUUUGUUUAAAAAACAUGGGCAGUAGUUGGCUUGGUUUCAGGGGUUCUGUCAUUAGGUGUCAAUCCUAGGAAGGCUCUGUUGUCGUGGGACAGUGCUCCAGGGCUUCCUGAGUGCUCCUCUUACCAGCUGAGGCAUGUGUCAUCAAGGACAACACAAGAUGCUCCAGUGGUCUCGGGCUUUGUCUCCAGGGCCUGCCUGAGCACGUCCCACCCCUAGUUCCCACUCCCUUCAUGAAGGAGAGAGAGGACAGCUAGGUGAAGGAGGACACGGCUCUGUGCACCUGUGCAGCUCAUGGGGUUUCUGACCGCCAUGCCUCCAUCUCUGCUCUGCACACGUGCUUGCUUUGAGGCAUGGUUAUUUUCGCCCACGUAGAUUGACAACUUCCAUGGGCAUAAAUCCUCAUGCUUGUACUUUAAUUGACUUCCUGGGCCUAUGAUGGGCUUCUUAGGGCAGCCCCAUGCCCUGUGAUGUGAAGGCAGGAUGUGCUGUCCCCAGUUGGCCAAGGGCAAUUAUGCAGACACCUGGUCUGAUGCCAGAUCUCAUCAGGCAGCACUGUGCCCUCCCCACCUCACCAGAAAUCACACACUACAGACUCACUGAUGAGGGUCUGCCUGUCUCAUUCUCAGGGGAGAUCAGCAGGGCUGCACAGGGCCACCUAGCUGCCCUGAGAUAGCACUUCUCAAGCAAGAAACAGUGGUGACCCUGGCCCGCUCUGGCCGUGUCUCCAGACCAGGAGUGGCCCAGGGGCACUUCAUUCCUGUGCAUCUCCAUCCAGUGCACUCUACGCUGUGCACACUGACUGCUUGCUAGUCUUCCUGGAAGGAAGGCUGAGGAGAAGAUGAAAUGCCUGCAGAAUAAAUGGAGGAGGCUUUAUUUAUAGGUUUUUUUAAAGUCAACUGGGCUGACACCUUCCUCCUUGCCUGCUGGGUCUGGUCAGAUGUGUGGCUCUGUAAUUCUGUACCCCAUGUCCACCUCCUCUCUCACAUCUGCCCCGUGGGCUGCUGCAUGGACACAGCUUCAACCCUCCAUCCUGAAGGUGAAGGAGAAAUGACCUGUCCUUGAGAGGAUAGGGCUCACAAAAGUCAGGUUAGUUAAUGAGUGUCUGAGAUCAGAUCUCAGAACACCUCAGUCAGUUCAUGGAUUUGUUUGUGUUUUGUGUCUACAAUUGUGUUUUGUGAAAUAUGUACAAAUUUUGAAAAUCUGCACAUGAACUAUGCCAUUUUAAAUUUAAAGGAAAAAAGUUGAUGUCCACAAAAAUUGUUUGGAGUUUUUUGGUUUUGUUAGUAAAAGACAGUUUUGUGAUGAUGA